AGGUAACGUGGCUUUGCGUGCUGAGACUGAACAAAGAGGCCCGAGUAGUUGGCUGAUUAAGCAGCACAGUUCCCUUAACCCACUUGAUCUAACUCCAGUUUGGGAACACAAAUAGAAGCACAGUAUGGCGUAUCUCUAUUACUUGGAUUCCUCUCUCUCUUUCACUCUUUCUUUCUCUCUCUUUAUUUCAUCCCCUACAGAAGAAAAAAAAAAAACCUACUUAAUACCAAACUUAGCCCAUGCACUUUGUCUUCUUCACCUCCAACACCCACCUCCCUUCCCCCCGUCUCUCUCUCUCUAUAUAUCUCAUUCUCAGAUUUUCUCUUCUUGGCUCACCCUAUAAAUACCUCUCUUACUUCUCUGUCUUUAACUACUUGUCUAUCUUUCUCAAGAGUUGCAUGCCCUUGAAUACUCUUACACCUCACUCAUAAGCUUGCUUUUCUUUGCUUUCUUUAUUUUUGCUCUGACGAGUUACUUAGUACUUCCCCGUUUGUCUUUCCAUAACUUGGCUGGCUAGUUAAUUUGUGAUACUCGUUUCUUUCUCAAGUUAUAUAGUAGCAACAGUGCAGCAUUUAGCUAACACAAUGUCGAGCAGAAGAUCUCGUUCCAGGCAGUCAGGUGUUUCUAGGAUUUCUGAUGAUCAAAUCAUCGAUCUUGUUUCCAAGUUGCAACAACUUAUUCCUGAGAUUCGGAAUAGGCGCUCCGACAAGGUGUCUGCAUCAAAGGUGCUUCAAGAAACUUGCAACUAUAUAAAAAGCUUACAUAGAGAAGUGGAUGAUCUUAGCGACCGUUUGUCGGAGCUUUUGGCUUCAACUGACAGCGAUAGUGCUCAAGCAGCCAUAAUUAGGAGUUUAUUCAUGGAGUAGAGGACGAGAACGAUAUGAUAUCAUACUUCUAAUUUUAUCAUACUGGCAUUGUAUUAUUUCUUCGAUAUAUAUAUAAAAUAUAUAUGUAAUAUGUAUGCACUUCUAGGGUUUUGGUCAUUAGGCCAGGACAAAGGGUUAACAUGGUCCUGCUAGUAUUAGCUAGCUAUCUCCAUUUUCAUGAAAACCCCUUCUUUAGUAACUCUUGUAGUAAUUAUUAGCCCAUAUAAUAAGUGAACCUGUACGUGUAUUUCUCAUGCUACUAAUAGAAAGCUACGUUUAGUUUCUGUCUGCGUUAUCUUAUUCAGAGUAUCAAAAAAUUUCAAGAUUAA